UGACAUUGAUAUCUGAGUGCCUAUUAAGAGGAUCGUCCCAAGCAAUAUCAUCUGAUCGCCUGUUACCUUUCAGUCCACUUCAUUCUUCAUCUUCCGCGACUUGAGUCUUCGAAUAGCACCAAACUCUCAUGAUCGAUGCAUCUUCAUGUGCUAAUUGAGACAGAGCCUCCUGUCUAGACUCAUGAGAAACCUCACAUUCUUCUAUGCGAACAUCAUGGAACCGUCAGAUGUCAAAUGUCUGACAGGAGCACACGGGCCCAAACGCAUGUGGAUGCCUUUCAUAUGCUCACUGAAUUUAUCGAUCCCUUCUUUCUCAUCUCAUCCAUCACUAAAUUUACUGCUAUCGAUGCCAUCCUUCUCACCUAAUUCAUCACUGGAUUUACCUACAUCCUACUCUUUCCAACCCAAUACUACUGGAAUAAAGACGCCUGAGUUUCAUUUGAACCGUCAUAUUAGUGAUCAAUGGCUCCUACCUCGCGUAUCCAAACUGUCCAAGAAGCUGCUGAAGGCAGUGGAGAACGAGACGUCUCGCCCCCGAGUCGAGGGUCAAGCCGGAACGACAGCGUCCUUCCGGGGGACGAUAACAGAGGAUCCAAUGGAAGCCCCCCCAAUCUCGGUCCCCAAGAUACUGCCAUCUUUACGGGUACGAGUGGAGGCGACGGCAUGGAAACCAGUGCAAACCCUCCUAAUCCCGAUCCCCAGGAGACUUCCGUACCUAUGGGUGCGAGUGGCGAUAACACAGGAAGCGGCGAAGCCAGUGGAAGAUCCCAAUCGCCCAGGCCCCGAGUGAAUGAUGGAAACCAGGUCAACCAUCUAAGCACUGACGGCGACGAACACGACCAGGAAUACCGCGAUGACAUCAUUCAACUUCGCAAAGCGAAUGUUUCCGAAGCUCUUUCUCUAGCACAGAGAAAUAUCGAGACGACUUUAAAGAUCAUAGCGAAAUAUCGAAGCAAGUUGAAACAACAGAACCGCGAAAUACAGCGGCUAAAGGAAACAAUUGCCUUAUCAGGCAACGAGAAAAAGGAACACCAGCAGGCCAUGAAUGAAAAAAACGAAGAGAACACGGCUUUGGCAACAGAAAUCAAAGAGCUAAGGGAUGAGCUUCAUGGCGUCUACGAGGGAUUUGAGCAUUUCAAUAAGAGAUUAGCGACUGGGCGCGCCAAAUAUGACUCAGUUCGACAAGAGCGCGCAUGAAUGGAAGGGGUGCGGGCAAAGGCAUACGCGGAAGUUCUGAUGAUGAUAUUUGUGGAUAUUCAGUCGGAUCCUGUACAAGAAGAUCUACUGUAGGAGGCUACUCGCAAGACAGUGAACACAACUCAGCCGACCACACUUAUGUACUUUAGA